AUGUGUUCGCUCUUGAGUAGCGUGAGAGGAAAGCCCGAUGCCCCGACUGGUGUGCCGAUCGCCUUGCUCACCUGUCAGGGCUUCCCCGUCAGCCUGAACGUGUUGGUCUGUUCACAUGUGAAAAUUCAUAUGCGUCCAGGCUACGCUGGUGGAGCAGUGGUAACACGCUCUCCCCGCAAUUCAGAUGUGUGGAGUUCACAACUGGGUUAUAACAGGAGCGGAACUCGAGGCCUCGAGACUCACCAGAAUCUUUGCUCCAGGACAGGAGGAUGGCUGUUCAAACAUGACUGUUGUGGUCGUGAACUAACAGAACUUUUCACGAGAGACUCAACUGAAUCUCUCGUUUAUGAUAUUCUACAACUGAAUGUGCUGCACACAGGGCGCCUCAUGAUUCACUCAUCAGUGGCGCAUAUCCAAUGGCCGUGCCGGGCUUUGAACCCCGCAUAUCUGACACGCGAGGCUAGCGUGUUACCACUACACCACCAGCACACAUUGGACUUAUCCGGAUUUUUACGUCUGAACGGGUGA